GUAUUCCUGACUUCAAAACAAAAACUUAGAUGGCACUUUCGUAAUUUAGGCAGACAGCCAAAACCUGAGAGCAUUCAAAGGGAUUUCCAAAAGCAAAGCAACCAAAGCAAAGGAAAAUAGGGAGAGAGAGAAAGAGAGAGGGGGAGAGGAGGAGAGGGAGAGCCACCGCUCAUCUCCGAUAUCCAUCACCAGAAGGUUUCUCUGCAUUACUGAACUGAGUUUUUGUUUUUUGUUUUCCGGUUCUCUCUCCGAAUUUUAUUUUAUUAUUUUAUUCCCUUUUUACCCUCAAAUCAUCGUCGAUCAACUCGUCGACUAUUCACACACAAACACACUCAAAAACCCUAAUUUAUCCUUUUGAUUCUGAUGGCUACGAACGGUAGUGCUAACCACACCAAUUCGGCCUCUUCGGUGAACCAAUCGCCGCGUCACUCCAUCGGCGAUAACACCAUCGGGAGCCCUCAAUCGCGUCACGCCACGAGGGCAGCGUCGUCGCCGGCGCCGUGGACUCAAAUCGUGCGCGGAGAACCUGAGCCGAUCGCUGCCGCUCCGUCAUCGCCAUCCAAUACGACGUCGUUGUCGUCGUCGACGUCAUCGAUGACUGCGAUUGAGCCAGACGUCGCUUUGGUGGGGCCGGAGGAGGGGAUGGGGGAGGGCUCGGAGAAUGGGUCGAACGGCAAUGCGGGGAAGAGGCCCGCCUGGAACAAGCCGUCGAAUGGGCCGGGCCCGGAGGUUGGCCCGGUCAUGGGGGGUGCGGUCUCCUGGCCCGCUUUGUCGGAGUCCACCAGGGCUUCCGCGAAAUUGUCUUCGGAAACGUUGAAAGGCUUAUCUGAUACCGGAUCACCUGUCGCUACAUCUCAGGGGACUGGAACACCAUCUUCCUCUUCACAGAAACAGAACAGUAAUAAUGUGAAUCCUAAUUCAACAUCGAGCCAUAAUGUACCUUCACGGUCGAGAUCAAUGAAGCGUACUAAUGCUAGCACAUCCUCUAAUGGUGGCAUCUCUCAUCAGCAGCAAGCACCAGCAGGUCUGGUGAUUGAGACGGCUCCAAAUAACCCUUCAUCGAAGGACCAUAUGCAAAGGAGCGGAUUUGGGUCGCAAUCCCAUAGUGGUAAUGAGCAUCCGCCACAUCGCAACUCGUUUAGGAACCGCAAUGGUGGAUCACAUCCACGCGGAGAUGGUUCUCACAAUCAUGGUUAUGGAGGCAGGCGUGACCAAGAUCGUGGAAAUCAAGAUUGGAAUGCUCAUCGGAAUUUCCCUGGUAGAGACACUCACAUGCAGCAACAGAGGGUUGUGCCUAGGUUUAUAAGGCCCCCACCACCACCGCCAAAUUCUGCCCCAUUUAUUCCCCCACCACCAAUGCGGCCUUUUGGCAGUCCCAUUGGUUUCCCUGAACUGCCACCACAAGUGUUAUAUGUUGCUCCUCCACCUCCUCCUGACUCAAUCAGAGGCAUGCCUUUCGUUGGCCCAAUACCGCCUCAUGCAGUUUUUCUCCCUGCUCCGGAUCCUCAGUUGCAUACUAAGAUAGUUGAUCAGAUAGGUUAUUAUUUCAGUAAUGAGAAUUUAAUUAAAGAUACAUACUUGCGGCAGAACAUGGAUGACCAGGGCUGGGUUCCUAUUAAAUUGAUAGCAGGCUUCAACAAAGUUGUGCACUUGACAGAAAAUAUCCAGCUUAUCUUGGAUGCUGUCCGAACUUCAACUGUUCUGGAAGUACAGGGUGACAAAGUAAGAAGGCGCAACGAUUGGAAGAGAUGGAUAAUGCCAUCUGCAGUUCAGUUUGCCAAUAGUUCAGGCCUUCAGACCUAUGGAAAUACCAGUCAGGAUAUGCUGACAGCUCAUGUCCAAAACAUGGCACUGGAGGAGAAGACUGCUGACCUCAGCAGUGGAAGGGAUCAAUCCAAUGUUCGUGCUGAAGCAUUCCAAAGUGGACUACAAUCUGGGGACUCUAGCAGCCAGUUGCAGCUGUCUGGUGGGAACAGGACAGAUCAAGUCAGUCUUCAAGCUGGUUCAGAUCACUCUGUUUCGGCAAGAAAUUAGAGUAAGAGAGAUGUGUGCACUUUUUUUUAAGAACUAAUUUCUGAAGGAAAGAGGGGAAUGGAGGGACUUGAACUGCAGGUAGUGGUCUUGCCAUGGUAAAACAUGAUUUCUCAUGAGUACAUGGGAAGCCAUUAUUUGAAAGGGGAAGGGGAAUUUAUUACAGAACAGAAAAAGAUUAAAGCAGAAAAAAAAAGAAAAAAAAGAAAAAAAGAACCAUUUAUGACUCGAGCUAGUAGCAUGUAUGGUUUUUGUGGGGGUUUUGCAUUUAACUCCAUUGUUCUUAAUGGUGGCAUGAUCAAUGUUUUUGUAUGGGGAAUUUUUAUCUCAUUUCCCUUGCCUGCCCCUCAGCUGGUUUUUUGAAUCUUUGGGGUCAGAUCACCUCCACUUUCUGGAGGUAUACCAUAUAAUUCUGAGUGAUGCAAGUGCUUGGUGGGUUCAUGUCUGCCGACUGUGAGGGGAAGAGAGGUGGGUGGCUUUUGCUGGAUGCUGCAGCUCGUGCUCCAACUGCAAUCUUUCUAGUCUUGAUCCAUCUUUUUUGUUUUGAAUUUCUCUGUCACAUAUAUCAUACUUAUAUUAUUACAUUUAUAUGUAUAUCUUAUUUCUUCAAACCCUUUGAGAAGAAUCUACUGCAUAAAGAUGGUCCCUUGGGGACAAUCCUAUGGAUUUUCCAGAUUUCGUCUGGAUAUGGUUGGUAUUCAUGUUUAUUUAAACUC